CGCUUUCAGAACGAAAGAAUGAAAGUGUUGGACUGUAACAGCAGCAACGCACUCGACAUUUGAAGCGCUACCAAACAUURUGCAAAGUGCCUUCAACGAGGACCGUUACCUGGCACUGCUUUUUUUUGGCUUCGUUCCGAAAGAAAGACAAUACACAGCUACUUGAAUUCACCGAGCAUGGUGUAUCCAAUCCACAAUGAAUCUUCUGAACGUAGARCCUUAUAGCAAAAGGUUACUGKGUGACGASGAAUGUGAGGCAGCGGCGCUCGAUCAGUUCGAGGUGGAACUUUCUCCUAUCGAUUGUCAGCAGCCUGAACACAGUGACCUUCGCAACGCAAAAAGGAACAUUGGUAUGAUUUUCAACUUUUUUGGUACCACCAAAGGUCGCCUUUCCGAGGAAAUUGUGCGUGCAAUCCAAUUCCACCAUAUCCGCGAGGCAAGAAACGAACGUCGAUUUAAAUCCUGUUUCUCGGUUGCUUUGUACACGUUAGGYAUUAUUUUGUGCGUGGUACCCGUUGGUUUGUUUGCAGUCGAAAUGAUUCCCGAACAAUGCAAGAUAUGCUUGGAAACUGUGGUGUUAGAGACUUAUUUUGCGGCUUCAGCUUUCUGUGGUGGUUUUGGAGCCAUGCUUGUGAUCGGUGGUGACUUUUGGGAAUACUGUCUAGCAAAGUUUUUGGGUGGAGCGGUGAGCUCGCUCRGUGCAUUGUUUACGAUUUGGAUGAUAUUGCAAUCAAUUCCUUCGGAUAGCACAAUUGUGGCCCUCCUUGUUUUCAUUUUCGUUGGGACUUUAGCUGCAAUGCCCGGCGUUGCUGUAUACUUGUUACUCAAGAUUGUUUGCGACGAGUGUUGGGUGUCGGAUAUCCAAGAUUUUGCUGAUGAUUUUUCUUCCUUAACAAAACUGGUCACCGAAGAAGAAUAGGAAUUAUUCUUUGGAACGAGUGCAAUUGUCAGURCGGUGCGCGUGUGGAGUGUUUGUUCAUACGUAGCCGACAAUCUAGAUACAGCUGCACGAUACCAAUAAGUUGUGAAUGAAGCCUGUCGACUUUUGAACAGCAAGAGAAAGAAUGCAAUGCAUCGAUCGUUKCAUUUGUAGUCGACUUCCAGUCUAUGAAAUACGACGGAAAAUCCUGACAUUUCAACACGUCUGACUGUUGCGACUACCACACAGAAUUGAAGGACAGCUUCUUGAGAAAUCGAGAGAUGCUACUGUUAUACAGUUAUAGACGACCGAAACAGAUUAAAAUUUUAUGGAAAUGGAAGACAAUAUGGAAUUUUAUUCGACCACUUUCAUACAUUACUUUCAUUCAUUCUACACUACACUAAUGGCGCUGAAGGGAUUUUGCAAUAAAUAGUUCAUUAUGGA